AUGGCCAAGCCUUGUGGGGUGCGCCUGAGCGGGGAAGCCCGCAAACAGGUGGAUGUCUUCAGGCAAAAUCUUUUCCAGGAGGCUGAGGAAUUCCUCCACACAUUCUUGCCACAGAAGAUCAUACACCUGAAUCAGCUCUUGCAAGAGGACUCCCUCAAUGUGGCCGACCUGACCUCUCUCCGAGCCUCACUGGACAUCCCUAUUCCAGACCCUCCACCCAAAGAUGAUGAGAUGGAAACAGAUAAGCAGGAGAAGAAAGAAGUCCCUAAGUGCGGCUUUCUCCCUGGGAAUGAGAAGCUCCUGGCCCUGCUUGCCCUGGUUAAGCCAGAAGUCUGGACUCUCAAAGAAAAAUGUAUUCUGGUGAUCGCGUGGAUCCAGCACCUGAUCCCCAAGAUUGAGGAUGGAAAUGACUUUGGGGUAGCAAUCCAGGAGAAGGUUCUGGAGAGGGUGAAUGCAGUCAAGACCAAAGUAGAAGCCUUCCAGACAACCAUUUCCAAGUACUUCUCAGAACGUGGAGAUGCUGUGGCCAAGGCCUCUAAGGAGACACAUGUAAUGGAUUACCGGGCCUUGGUGCACGAGCGAGAUGAGGCAGCCUAUAGGGAGCUCAGGGCCAUGGUGCUGGACCUAAGGGCCUUCUAUGCUGAGCUUUAUCAUAUCAUUAGCAGCAACCUGGAGAAAAUUGUCAACCCAAAAGGUGAAGAGAAGCCAUCUAUGUAUUGA